AUGCACUUUUUACAGCCGAUCCCCGAGUCAUCCUCUGACCUUGAGGAAGGAGUGGACCUCCCCCAUGCUCAUAAUCCAUGGAGCUGCAACCGGGGCCAAAAUAUACUUGUUCUUAAUGCCGGUUUCCUUGGGCUACAAGGGGUCUUCACAGUUCUAUUUGGAAGUGCGACGGCUUAUUUAAAAUCUCUUGGUUUGGGUGGGUGGCUCAUCUCACUAUCCUGGCUCGCUGGUCCCAUUGCUGGAGCCUUGUUUCAGCCAUAUGUCGGAGUAUGGAGUGACAAUUGUUCUUCAAGCUUGGGAAAGAGACGUCCAUUCAUCAUCGCCGGUACUGUCCUUAUUAUCCUCUCUCUGAUCGGCACAGCGAGGGCGAAACAAAUUGUGACCCUCUUUUCAUUGAGCUCAGGGUCAACCUCCGAGUCCCAUAUUGGAUUGGUCAUUUUCGUGGAGAUUUGCAUCUGGAUACUGAACUUUGCUAUCCAACCCGUUCAACUUGGUCUGAGGUCACUGAUAGUGGACUUGGUACCCCAGGAGCAGCAGCAUGAGGCAAAUGCAUGGGCUGCAAGGUUCACCCUGGGAGGUAACAUUCUGGGUUAUUGUCUCGGUUCAGUCGAUCUUCCUCGCCAUUUACCCUUCCUUGGUCGUACACAAUUCCAAGCCUUGAGCAGCUUGGUGUCUAUAAAUUUGCUGCUUUGCACCUCGAUCACUUGCUACUUCAUCAAAGAGCAGAAAUCUGGUGUUCAUGACAGCUCUUAUCACCCCACAACUGCGAGGAGUGGCAUUCGUGAUCUAUGGAAAACACUACGAACGCUCCCAAGUUCUACACGUACAGUGUGCUUUGCACAAUUCUUCUCCUGGUUAGGAUGGUUCCCCUUCUUGUUUUAUGCGUCUAGCUAUGUCGGAGCUCUGAAAAGACAAGACCUCUCAAUCGGUUCACAAGGGGUAAGUCCGCGAUGGGAGGAAUCAGCUCGUGCUGGAUCAUUAGCUAUGUCUGUCUUCGCACUCUCGUCUUUCGUCAUGGGCUUAGUACUUCCUCAAGUCGUGGAACUGAGCUCUCGCUUUGAAAGCUCUCUGUCUUUGAAGUCAUCCUGGCGCUGGAAUCCAGAGCUGUUUACCCUCCGUCGUAUUUGGCUCGCAGGGCAAGUCAUAUUCGCCGGAAGCAUGCUUCUGACAUUCUUCAAGAGGAUAUCUGUGGCCUAUAUAAUUGUAGGCGCAAUAGGAUUCUCAUGGGCGACAAGCGCGUGGAUUCCCUAUGCGAUAAUUGGGACGGAUAUACAGCGUCAGAUCCAGCAGGCUGAAUGUACAGAGAUGAACGAUGAAGGAGCGGGAGUGGUCGCCAAAGUUAUGGGGAUACACAAUAUAUCUAUCGCUUCUCCUCAGAUCAUAUCUGCUCUGGCCUGUAGCCUAUUCUUCUGGCUGAUGGGGAACGACCAUGCUGGUGAGGUUGAUGCUACUACAUAUGCUUUGCUGUUGAGUAUCGCUGGGUCGGCGGCUAUUGCAUCUGCAUGGGUGAUUAGAGACUUGCCCGAAGAGUCUUAUCACCAAAUGUAG